AUGUAGUUCUCGAUGUUGUUAUUCCAGAAUGCUGAUCAUGCGUGCAACAUAUACCUACAAAUCAAGUCAAUUUUAUACCCAAAAAAGAAACUUGUUAGACCUAAUUGGUUAUAAACAAAACGUAUUUUUCGGGUAGGUUAGUUACACCUUGUUAUUGAUAUGAACGGUGCGUCAUUAUUGUUUUAUAUAUUAUUUUAUUUUGACCACACUCGUAAUUUCGCGAUAAAAAUUUACAUUAAAAAUCUCGUCAGAUAUACACAGACGGAAAAUGUGUGCUGUACGUUAAAAUGAGAAAUAUAAUAUAUUGGAACGUUCGACCCAACACCCAAAAAUAGCAUCGAAUCACCAUGUGUGUAUAAUGAAUGAGAUUAUUAUGUGGCAUUGUUUACGAAAUGCAUAAACAUAUUAUCAGUUUCAAUUUUUGGUAAAUUAACAAUCGAUAUUUUUUGCUAGAGACCCAUUCCAUAGACCGACGUCAGUUAUGUAAAAAAAAACCGAAAAAGUGUAAAUUAAAAUUUAAAAAAAAAUUGUGGACAAUAAAUGGUAAAAUAAAUAAAUAAAACGUGACAAUGAAAUUAACAUACCCUGAAUGGGUGGACUACGAGACAAAAUCAAAAAUACAUUCAAGGGGCUGGGGUAAUUAUCAACAUGGUUAUCAUCACAAUUAUCAAACGGCCUAUAAAAAUAAUGUAAUGAGAAUGACAAUGUCAACGGGAUCGACCAUGUCAUCUCGCAUACAUCGCAAAGUUAUUCGUAUACCUUCAAAACGACAUCCUGGCAAAGCGUUACCGGGUAAAUUACAUUCGAUGACAAGGACAAAUCCUGGUAAAUUACAGCAGGGAAAGAGAAUUUUACAAGGUCGCACCGCACCUUCUCAUUGUGAUAAUUCAAACGACAGUGGUCUUGGAUUUGAUCAUCAUAUGGAGCCAUCUAACACACAGACCAAUCGUCAAGUAAAUACAGCGUCAAGAUCCGAAGUAAGUGCUCAAAAACUAACCAACCCUGUCGGUACCGCUCGCUCCAGUGUGACUAAAAUGCCCGUAAAACGAUUGAAAUUGAUCAAGAAAAUAGAUAUAGACGAUACGUGCAGUAACGAUGCGUUCGUAUUUAGUGCUGCUACUACGCAAGCAAAACCGUCCACGUCAGCGACCGCCUCAACAUCGGGAUUGAAACUGAUUCCAUCAUCAACAAUACGUAACCCACCCACAAGGCCUGUGAUUCGACGACCGGCAGCUGCAGCUCAACCGCAAAUUGGUGCGGUUGCGUCACGCGAUGGUAAAUGCCAGUUACAAAUACUGGCACAACCGGAACAACAGCAUCGAGCUCGUUAUCAGACGGAGGGAAGCCGAGGAGCCGUUAAGGAUCGGUCCGGCAAUGGAUUUCCGAUUGUUAAAUUGACGGGCUAUAAUAAGCCGACAGUGUUAGAGAUAUUCAUCGGGACAGAUAUCGGUCGUGUAGCGCCGCAUAUGUUUUAUCAGGCAUGCAAAGUAUCAGGAAAGAAUUCAACGCCAUGUGUGGAAAAGAAGUUGGAUGGCACAAUUGUCAUCGAAAUUGAAUUGAAGCCAGAUAAUGAGAUGACAGCUACUUGUGACUGUGUGGGAAUUUUAAAGGAACGAAAUGUUGAUGUUGAGCACAGAUUUCCCGAUCAAUCGGGCCCGCGAAGUAAGAAAAAAUCAACCAGAUGUCGAAUGGUAUUUCGUACCCAACUCACCCACGAUGAUGGUACAAUUGAAACACUACAAAUUUGUUCGCAGCAAAUCAUUUGCACUCAACCACCGGGUGUACCUGAAAUUUGUAAAAGAUCUUUAAAAUCGUGUACAGCAACUGGUGGCCUGGAACUGUUCAUCAUUGGUAAGAAUUUUCUCAAAGAUACAAGAGUUGUAUUUCAAGCGAGACGUUCAUCAUCACCGCAUCGAGAUGGAUACGAAAUUUUGUGGGAAGAAACUUGCCUGCCGGAUAAGGAAUAUUUACAACAGACCCACCUCAUAUGUACGGUUCCGCCAUACGCCAAUCCGGACAUAAAUGAGUCAGUCACCGUACAGUUGUUUGUCACAUCCAGUAACAAAAAAAGUGAAUCACAUAGUUUUGUGUAUACACCAAAAAAUUCUCAGAGUAUUUUGAUGUCAGCCACAUCAAUGGGUACAAUACAAAACAAUUCACUAGCGAGCAAUCAAGAUAUAACAUACACCGAUGACUCGUCGAACCACUCGAAUCCCGCUUGUCCACUGAUGAUUUGGACAACGUCAAUGGAACCGAUCCAUGAAAUUGAUUCGGGUAUGAUGCCACCACCGUCAACGCUUCCGCUCAGCGUCCGUCGACCGUCAUCGGCUGGCAAUAUGCUUGGCGAACAAAUAUCACCACCGCUGAUGAAGACCGAACUGAACGACGAAUCGUCGCAGUCAUCGUUGCCCGACACAAUGAAUCAUGAUGCAUUGGAUCGUAUGACGAUCAAUGAAAAUUCGAUGGACGGUAGUGCCUAUGUUACGCAUAGAAUUCGUAAACGAAGCAUCGACAUAAUGGAUAGCAAUUCCAUGAUGGGAACGCCAGUUGAAAUGCUCAUUCACGACUCGAACAGUUUGGGUGGCUUUGCGUCACGUGACAGUCAACUGAGUAUGAUGCCAUCGCCGGAAAUUGUUGAUCUACGCAUCAAACAAGAACAGAUGGCCGCCCAGCUCCAUCAAUUCGAAUUAGCUAAUAAAGUUGAAGCAGACCUCAAUCAAUCGGUAAAUAAAUUUUUAUCGAAUUUGGACUCGAGCAGUUUGAGUCCUCGAGUGGAUUCCGUAGCGGUCGCAUUGUAUUCGAACAACAGUAACAAUGAUGCUCUGCUGCAAGAAAUAAACAACAUCAACAAUCUUGCCUCAACCAAUUCGGUCAUGAAUCCGACGACGUUCAAUCACUCAUUGCUGACGGAAAACGAUCCGGGAAGUUCAUUGAGUCAAAUGUUAACCUAUCCGCAGAAUCAAAACAACGAAUCAAUGAUGGACACAUCGAAUUCAAAUCAUUCACAUGAUGUCAUUUUGAAUUCACAACCCGCAGCGUCAAUUAACUCGCCCAACAGCAUUACAAUGUUAGCAUCACCGAAUGUAAACACCGAACACAAUAUGUCGUCGGAUGUCAUACUAAAUCCGGCAGUUUCACCGUCAAUGAUGUGCCAGAGUGCCGAUUCAAUACCACCUCAAGUGACAUCCGUUCUGGCCUGUCAUCCCAUGCAGCAACAGUCACCUCAGGACACGCUGCUAAACAAUUUAAUGCAGACCGAUUCGAUUCAUAUACCGCGUACAUCACCGGUGGCCGUCAAAAAUAUGAUUCUUAAUGCAGCUGCAGACAUUCUAUCAUCACAGCCCAGUCAAAUAUCAGCUGAAAAUACCAUUAACGCCUUGAUAUCGCUGAACUCCAGUCCGAUGAUAACACAAGCGUCUGCACCACCAUCGACCAUGAUGAUGCAUGGGAACAAUCAAUCGGCUCUGAACGAGGCCAUGUGCACCCAAACGACACUGGAACAGCAUAUGCCAAUAUUCAACAAUGAAUCGAGUAUUAUGGCUACCAAUCCAUUGUUGAAUAAUCCAACAAUGAAUAACAAUACGGCGAACAUGAUGAACUCAAUCAGUAUUUCAAAUAUGGUGACAACGCAAGCACUUAUCGAUCGUGAAAUUCGUAAUGAUCAGAUUGUGAGGGCACAGCAUGAAUAUUUGAAUGAUUUGCAGAAGAAUAUGACGCACGGUUUGUCCAACGUCACACAAGAAUCUCUCCUGGAAGCAGUUUCGCUGCAACGCAAUGAAUUGAACAAGGAAAAGGUUAUCGCAAAUCAAUUGCAAAAUAUGCAAAAUCCACCAAACACAACAACGACGAGUAUUCCACAAGAAUUAACAAUUAUGUCUGACAAUGACCUAAUCAGCUACAUCAAUCCUAGCUGUUUCGAUACUGUUUAAUCUAGCGACCGUGAGUUUUGAUCGGAAAGUAAAAGUAAGACCCAACCCAAUUUGACUACAUUUCAUCGUAAUUAGCGGUUUUGUUUCAUGUAGAACCCAAAAAAGAAUUAACUGAUAGGUGCUGAAUAUUCGUCAUUAUUAAAUGUUUUUUUUUUCGUUGUGCUGAUUUGGUUUGAUUACAAAUUAUAAAUCAAAGAAGCGUCCUUAAUGCAGAGAAUUUCUAGUUUGUAGUUUACAUAUAAAUAUGAAAAGAUUUUAAAUAAAAACAAAUGAAAAUUAGAAUUUAAGAUUCUAUUCACUAGUUAUAUCACAAUUUUAUCGUUUUUAUAGAUAAAACAAAAAGAAAAUUAUAUUUUAUGCGAAGUGCAAAAAAUUUGUGGACGGUUAGCAAAAACGGAAGGAAAAAAAUUUAACAAAUUUUUUUUAUUUGUAAUUUUUUAAACAAAACAAAGAGUCAUGUAUAAGUUUCUUGUGUUAAGUUUUUACAUUAGAUGAUU